AUGAUUUUUAGGAUGUUUAACGACGACGCUCCGGUGGUUAACAUGAUCAAAAUUUACAAAUGGGAACCGCGAUUUCCGUACGUAGGUCAUAUAUCAAUGAAACUGUCGGAUAAUACUUACAUUAGUUUCUGGCCGCCUUUUACUUACUUUACGUUCGACCCUAAAUUUAACGGAAAAGAAACUUAUUUAAGUGAUGCGUUGAGUGAAGGAAGACGUGCCGAUGAAAUCAUCCAGAUACCAGCGAACAAAGAUACCCAAUCGAGAAUCAAACAAUUUUGGAAUCGAUAUCUUAAUGAAAAUACCUACGAUUUAUUGAGAAAUAAUUGUGCUACAGUUGUAAAGGAAGCUUUGCGUUACGGUUGGAAUUCCGAUAAAAAAACUAGUUUUUUUCAAAUAGUUGACACCCCUAAUUAUAUAUUUCAUUGGAGUGUAUCGCGUCGAUAUAUUGAAACAUUCAAAAGUACCUUUAGAACCGGCAAAAUUAGCGACUGUGGAAAGUAUUGCGGCCCUACCGCAAACGGCCCCACCAUUUCGUUCAGCAGCUUCAGACAGUCUUUCACUUCGAAUGUCAAUUACUUAAAGAGGAGGUUCAGCUCCGGGGAUUUGUCCUCGGAGUGCGAUGACGGAGAUGCUCCCGUGGAUCCAUAUUCCAAACCGCCACCGGUCACGUCGCAACCACAGGCACCUCCUCCUCCGCCACCAUCGCAAUCUAGUACCGCCGGGGAUUUGUCGUUAAACUUAAAACCGGGCUCUAAAACAACUUCUGCACCUAGUUCGCCGGCCAAAUCACGAGAGAGUCUCCUCCAAAGAGUACAGUCUCUUACUGGACAAGCUCGCGAUCAAGGAGCUUCUAUAUUGGGAGCGGCUGUUUCAAGCGCAACAAGAGUAACUUCUUCGGUAUCAGGAAGACACUUGACUCUCCUUGUUAUAGACGACCAAAACACGGAUUGGAGUAAAUAUUUCAGAGGCAGGAAAAUCGGCGAAUACGACAUUCGAGUCGAACAAGCCGAAUUUAGGGAAAUCACGGUAACGGCGACAGCCGAGGGUGCCACUGUCUCAAUGGCAGUUAUUCGUGGAGGCACGAGAGUUGGAAGAUCUUUCCGGCCCGAUUUCCUGCUAGUGAGGCAAAAUUUGAAAGAUGCCGGAGAAGAUUACAGAAAAUUAUUACUAGCUCUGAAGUUUGGAGGAGUUCCAAGCAUUAAUAAUUUGACAUCGAUUUUCAAUUUCCAGGACAAACCUUGGGUAUUCGGCCAUUUGGUACAACUUCAAAGACGUUUAGGUAAAGAAAAUUUUCCACUUAUCGAACAAACUUUCUAUCCAGAUCAUCGGGAAAUGAUAACGGCUUCUCGAUUCCCAGUAGUUAUUAAAAUAGAUCAUGCUCAUGGAGGUCUCGGCAAGGUUAAAGUUGAUAACUUGAACGAUUUCCAAGAUAUGGCUAGCGUCGUAGCUGUUGCCAAUACCUAUUGUACUGUGGAGCCUUACAUCGAUUCAAAGUAUGACAUCCAUGUGCAAAAAAUUGGAACAAACUACAAAGCUUUCAUGAGAAAAUCUAUUUCAGGUUGUUGGAAAACAAAUACUGGUUCAGCGAUGUUGGAACAAAUAUCGAUGCCAGAUAGGUACAAAAACUGGGUCGACGAUGUAUCCGAUUUAUUUGGAGGUUUGGAUAUUUGCGCUCUAGAGGUUGUAGUCGGUAAAGAUGGACGAGAAUACAUAAUUGAGGUAAAUGAUAGUGCCCUGACUCUCCUUGGCGAUACUCAAGAGGAAGACAGAAGACACAUAGCAGAUCUUGUAACUUCCAGAAUGCAGGCUAUUUGUAGACCUAGGACACCACCACCUGUUCCUGAAGAACCUCAGCCGCCUCCAGUAGGUCCUAGAGGAAUAUUAGGAAGCCUCAGUAGCCUUACGCAUUCUGACACGCCGCCGCCUAGCGCCGCUGCUUCGGACGCUCCUUCCUUGGGUAGCGGUGGUAGAAGAGACAGUCAAGCAUCUCAAUCAAGCACAAUAAGCAGUGCUCCUAGCACUGGACGUCUUCCAGAUCCUCCACCCCGACCAGGUUUUCAACGUCAAGGUAGCCAAUCCCAAACUCUCGCUGAGGAUACAGAAGAUACAAUGAAGAAUCUCAGAAAAACUUUUGCCGGCAUCUUUGGAGACAUGUAAAAAUUUAUCCAUUAAAAUCCACAUGUCGAUAAUUACCAAAUUUGUUUCUAUUGUUAGGACAGUUGACCCAAGUAUCAAUCUACAAUCUCUUGGAAUAAAACGAAUGAUAAAUAAUAGCAAUUUAUUCUUUCUAAUGAAAAUACAAAACAUAUUCUAAAUAUUCAUGUUCUGGAAAUGGAGUUUUCAUUUCGUUUUAUAUUAAUAAUGCAAGAAAAUAAUGAUAAAUAAUUGAGAUUUUUUGCUAUAAAUAAUUUGAAGAGAUUGUUGAAUGAUUUAUUUAACUUGAAUUGUGGAGUUGGUGAAUUUUGCUGAGCAAUAUGUUGAUGUAUGUUAUUCACUGCCUUGGGCCAGGUGCCAACAGGUACCUCUUGUUAAGUUAUCAUUGUUGAUGUGAAUGUAAAACAUUAAUUGAAUUUUUUUGACGGUCGUUAAAGUUAUUAGCAUUAUUUUAAGUUGGUAAUGUUAACAAAAUUAAAAUUCUACCAGAAAUUUCCCAUGUUAUUCAUAAUGUACAGAUUGAAUCAAAUUUAUUCACCCAAAAGCUGUUAAAAGAUAAACUAAUUUAUAUUCUAGUUACCAUCUCAUGGAGAUUUCGUAAAUACAAGUCAAGUCGCGUCUCAAGUAACCACAUUUCACUCUUACCAAACUUUGAAUUCUUAUUUAGUCGUACUAAAUGUAAAAUAAUCCAAAUUUUUGUAUUAUGUUUAAGUAGUGUUUAAAAAUAAAAUGACAAUAUUACUUGUGUGUCCUAAUAUUUCGAUCUACUCUCUAUGUCCUCUGUAAUCUAUAACAGAAAUUUUUGAAAAAAAAAAUAAAGAUAAAUAAAACAUAAGGUAUGUUGUGUGCAUCGAUGGAUAUAUAUAUAUAUAUAUAUAUGGCAACGAAUUUUUGUUUAUAUAAUUCGAAGAUGGAUUAUCCAAAACCUUUGCUAAGUUAUGAAUACUUCGAUUUAAUAUUACUGAAACAAAUCAAAACACCAAAUUUGAGGAUAACCUUUUCGAAUGUAUCCCUUUUAGUUAUGCAACCAGCAGUGUUAAACUAAAACGAACUCUAACGUGGCUUUAUUCUCGGUGUAUUACGGUGAAUAUAUUAUAAAUCACAUGUUGUGAAUACACUGGAGCUCUGUCAAUAUGCCAAUAAGCUUUAAAAACUGUAACAAAUUAUUAUAUAUAGAUUUUACAUGAUACGUAGUUAUAGUUUUGUGGAAAGUAGCAAGAAAAUAUAAUAUAAUUACCUCCAUUUAAUUUCCUUUAGCAAUAUAGGGUUGUUUGGUGGAUGUAUAUGUAAUAGUACGGUCAAUUUAGACAUUCGAAGUUACAUAGAUCAAAAAAAUACAACUGAACGUAGAAUUUGAAUGUUCCCCAUCAUUUCCGUGUUUAGAAACAAUUUUAUCAAAGUCGAUGGUCAAAAAAUGAGUUUUUCGCGAUUAUCAGCAAAACGGUAAGAUUUAUCAUAAAAAUACCUUAUACAAAAAUUGUAGAUCAUAAAAUUAUCUACAAAAAACUUAUUAAUACUUUUUUCCUACAAGCCAAUAUUUCUGAGAUAUAAUAAUUCAAAAAGUUGUAAGAAAUUUCUGUUGACUGGUUGGAACUGUCAUCAAAUAAAUUACCAAUUGACAAAAAUGUUGCUAAAGUUCGACGAUGUUGAUAUGCAGCUUUGCUAUUUCUUGUGCAAUUUUACUGAUUUUCAGCUUGAUGGGAAUUUAUGUAGCUUCACUCUUAUUAUUUGGUCUAAUUUGACCGGACUAUAAUUGGUUCUAAUAAAAUUUAAUAGUUCAACCAAUUCAAAAUGUUGCUUCCGACAGCAGCAGAAAUAAAUUUUUGUAAAAUUAUACCCAAAAAUACAAUGAAAACAUAAUCCAAAUCACUAUAAACGUGAUUUAAAUUCAACAAAACAAGCUGAAACACUAGUUGCAGAGACAUCUAUGGUAAUAAAAAUUAUCAAACAUGAGGAAAGAAAACUAUAAUAUCGAAUGACAUUGACAAGUGAAAUAUUAGAAGGGAUUUGCCUGUUAUAAAAUUAAAAUGUAUUGUGGAUUUCAUUAAAGACAUAAAUAUUAAUCAUGUAUACUAAUUGGUAAAAGAAAAAAUAUUAUUAGGAUCAAUUAUAUAAUUACAGGCUAUGGUUAGAUGCAGUUUGUACGGUAGGGUUUACCUCAAGUGAUUAAAUGUCGCCAUAUCAUUUUCUUAGUUUUUAAGGUAGUGAAAUCCUCUUCGUUAUCUCUACACUUAAUUUUUUAAAAUCAAUACGUAUUUUCGUAUUACAAAUAUUGUCUUUAUUAUUUGAAAUUGUAAAUUCAAUAACUUGUUAAAAUAUUUGUUAGUUGAUUAUUGUCAUAUAAUAAAAGUUGAUUAAGCUUAGUAUAUGAAAUUGAUAAAAUGUUGUUAAUGUCUUAAAUUUCAAUUUUGAAUUAAUGAUGUUUAUGAGAAAACACCACCAGAAAAUGGAAUUAAAAAACAAUUAAACGAAUCAUCGUCUAAUGUAGUAAAUACUCUACCAGAAACCUCCAAGCAAAAAAAACUUAUUACAGACAUCUGAAAUGAAAAUAGUUUGAAAAACGGAUGUAGAAUCAUUGAUGAGAACAAAAUUAAAAGAUUUGAAUGUUGUUACAGUACUUAGAUCAGUAAAACAUGUGUAAUAACAUGUAUAAAAAUGAAAUAUUAGUACUGAUUAUUAAACCUAAUGAUAAAAGUGACCUGAAUUGUAGCGGAUGAAAAAAUUGAGAAAAAACAAGUAAGUAGGUCGUAGGCUACAAGACUUGCAAUACUGUAUAAAUAUAAACCUGAUAAAUUUAUUAUUCAAACCUUAUUUUUAUUAGAAAGUGCAAUUAUGCAUUCGAAAGUGGCAACUACAAUUUUUUUUUGUUAAUUAUUAUUGUUAUGCGAAACAUAUGAUGGCUAAAAUUAAUAAUCAGUUUACGUGAAUUCAAAUUUUAAUAUUUUUUUAUUUUCUUACACAAUAUUGAGAAAAUUUACUAAGACUAGGUGUAAUUUUACGGUUUUUCAAUAAAAAUCUUUCAAAAGAAAUUUAUUUAUUUUUUUUUUGGUUAGUUUAACAUGUUUGGAGAUUAAAGAAAUUUGUUUCUGAUUUAGAAGAAGACAGGAUUUCAUGUAAAAAUAAAACUUUUUCAUAAAUACUUAUCACUUUGUUGUAGAGUGAAUAAAACAUUAAUUAUUUUUCAAAUUGAGCCCAAGUUAAUUGCAAAUAAAAUUUUCUAGUACCGAUUAAUAAAUUUUAUAAAAUGUUUUGUUAUAAAAUAAAUAAAACAUUUUAUGGUGAGAUUACCAAAUAAAUUUCUAACAGUGUGUGUAAAAACAUAAAAAAGAAAAUUUAUGCGAAUUAUCAUCUUGUUAGAAUUUAUAUAUUUGAAAUGAUAAUUGUAGUAGCAUUUUUUAUGUUAUAUAAGUAAAAUAUAUCUAUAAAUGAUUAAUUAUUCUUGCCCACGAAUUUCAGUUGAGGAAGAAAAAAAAUAUUGAACUGUAAUUGUUAUUUUCACCGCAUUAUAUAAAUAUUUUUUGACUUGUAUAUUUAGAAAGGCACCUUAAUAUUAAGAGUGUAGUAUGAAAUUUUCUUCAUAAUAGCAAUAAAAUUAAAAGGUAUUUAUAUUAAGAUUUUUGUGGUUGUUUAAUUGAUUAUUUUUCAUUUAAAUUUUAAUUGGAGGUAACGGUAAUUGAGAUUGUAGUAGAUCAGCUUAUAUAAAAUUCAAUUUGCAAAUUGUAUAGUGUUACAUUGAUGGAUAUUGAAAUAAACGAUAAGAAUUU